GAACCUUUGUUUUGUACAGAAGAAUGGCUGCCAUCUUUAGUUUUCGAUGGAUGUUUUCCGAAGAGAUCGUGAAUUCUUGUAUUUAUUGCGGUAUCUAAUAACGUAAUUAAAUUUGAAACAGUGAAAUAACGUUCUUCGCGAUGUAAUGAGUGUUUUCACGUCAGUUAUUUACGCUGCCCUGAUGGCAGUUCCAUUAAAAAAUGCCUGUGUUUACAUCUAAGUUUGAAGUGAGCUUCUGUAUUCCUGUCAUAUUAAGUCACUGUCUCGAGAUCCUCAAAUAGUUCGAGGGAAGAAGAGGGCCCCCAUCAAGCUGUAGAAUAAAGGAGCCAUCACGUUGACAAUACGUAAAGUUUUUAUUUGACGGAAUCGUAAGGCCUCCAAAACGUCGACUCCAUCAGUGAUUAAGUUAUCCGGGGGUGGAACAGGCGGAGGUGGGGAACAACUAUCCCCGGGCACGAGCUCACCUCCACCUGUUACCCCGGCAGAGCAAAAUGAAUCCACUGAUAAUAAUGGAACUGCAACGGAAGGAGUUGGCAAUUUUGUAUCGAAUGCAGCAGCCACCAUGAGUUUCGUACUUCAACUAGGUACAGUGGAGAUGCCCGAGGAAUCAGAGAACAACAAUCCUUCCCUGUUAGCACAAGAAUUACCCACGCCUCUGACGAUUGGUACCAGCUUACCGAAAUCCGUGAUUCCCAGUAACAACAAUAAGAUGCAGAGUCUGCCGAACUCUAAGACAAUGAAUACCACGUCGGGCUCGACAUGCUCCGCAACAUCUUCCAGCGUGAAACCCGUUACUGUAACAUAUCCGGCGAACAAAGCUAGCAGGGACGCUCAGAAAAUGACCGGCUCUCAGACGAGCACCACUCAAGUUCUAACGACUCGCGUGAUCUCACAGAAAUUGUCAUCCUCGAAUUAUCAGGUGCACCCUAAUUCGCAACCGGGUCCCACGCAGAAUAUCAAUCAGCAGGUGAAAAUUCAAUCUACGUCCGAAUCAGUUCAGAGCAAGACGCAAACGACGACUAUAGCAAAUCUGCAGAGUAAUAUUCAUCAGAAAUUCCAGCAAGUUUCCGCGCAACAGAUGUUAAAUACUACAGGGGUUAAGACUAUUAGCCCGUCAGGCUCGAUGACGAAUAUCCAAAGGAUUCAUUUGAAAGCGCAAAAUGUUGGAGGACAGUCCCAGACAGUUAAUUUACAGAAAGUUAAGACGAUUACGAAUGUUAAUAGUCAGGCAACCGUGCAACGGAAUCCCGUGUCUAUGAUGCAAACUGCGCCCAAGUCGCAAGUACUUACCUCGUCCACCCAAGGCACACAGAUCACGAUGAAUCAGGUAAUGAGCAAUGCGAAUAUGCAAAGAGUUCAGCAGACGAACUCAUCCAAUUUGGAAAAGGCACAAGCAACCAAUGUCACGAGUUCCCAGAAGAGCCAGCAACAGCUUUUAAAUAAUCAAAAGAUAAUGUCUCAGCCGAUUACUAAUGUUACGGUGCAUUCGAAUCACAAAGUGCAACAGCAACAACAAUCGGGAAAUCAGCAGUCACAACAGGCUUUGCAUAAGGUACAAGGACUGCCUCAAAAGACGCUGGCCGUCCAGAGACAGCAGCAAACCGUCACUGUUAACAAUAUACAGAAAUCUGUAAACUCUGUUGCUGGUAUGCAAAAGAGUCAAAUGUCUGGACAGCAACAGAACCAGCAAUCUUCACAGCAAACUCAAAAGCAUUCACAGCCGUUGCAGUCAACGCAGCAACCCAGGCCGCAAAGUAUAGCAGGGUUGCAGAAAUCUCAAACUUUGGCUGCGGUUAAUUCCAAUAAAACACAACGUGCAACGAGUGUUUCUAAAAGUAGCAGCGUUCCCAACAUCACAAAGUUGCAACAAAAUUCCAAUCUCCUUACUGUCAGUAAACAACAAGUAGUCUCUCAGCCCCAACAAAUUCACGUGCAUCAGUCCUCACAGUUGCAACAACAAUUGCUUCACCAGCCUGUGCAACAACAGCAGCAAAACACGCAGAAACAACAGCAGAGCACACAUAAGCAACAACAAGGAAAUGCAUCACAAAUUCAAAGGAGUCAGUCUGUUUCCAACAUACAAAAGAAGAUAACUACUGGAUCUUCUAUAUCGAAUAAUCAACGAGCACAGACAACUAUGAAUUCAAAAAUGCAACAGCAGCAGCAACAUAUGGUUCUCCGUGUAGGAGCAGCUAAAAAUCAAUCACAAAAUUUACAACCAGGAAACGUGAAGCCAGCAUCGCAGAAAAUUACGAACAGCGUAAAGCCUUUAAAUCCCCAAAAUACAAUGCAACAACCAAUACACCGUAACGCAAACAUGCAGCCUGUAAAAAUUAUACAACAACAGCAAAACGUUAUCGGUCCUCAGAAUGCGCAAAAGCAGCCAGGUUGUAUAAAAACAAUACCUGCGCAGAAACCCACGCAGAGGAAUCAUGCGCAGAAAAUGGCUGGUAUCAAGACGUCACUGAAUACAAACAUGAAUGCUUUGAAGGCUCAAGGAUCUGCGACAACCAUCACCCAAAAGACAAGUAUCAAAACAUUGCUCCCUCAACAAACAAGUGGACCAAGUAUGCUGGUCCACAAAAAUCAGCCUAUCAAGAUCCAACAGCAAACCAUACAGCAGAAACAACUUAUAAUGGCGCCUCAGUAUACACAGCAAGUCAGACCACAAUCAGGGCAGAUAAAAACGUUGUUACCAGUCACUAGUGGAGAGUCUCGUAGAGAUAUGGAAAACAAAUCGGAAACCGAAUUUCAUUCACCAAAGGAAGAGGAAUCUCAACACACUCUGCAGUCCCCUGUACGAAGGAUGCCACUUCCUUAUGAGUGUCUCCAGUUUGUUCUUCAAGACCAUAACUAUGGAGCACCUCCACCACGAACACCUCCACCAGCGUCGCCACCACCGCACGUGAAACAACAGCCAAUCAACGGUGCUGGAAGCGCCACGGUAACCGCUCAGCAUCCUUACAUUUAUAGUCAAGCCGUGACAAGUAACAACGUAGAGGAUGAUGCAGCAAGUGCCAUUAGUAGCGAAGCUGGAAGAGAAGCAGAACCUGAAGGCGAGGAAACGGAAACGGCUGCCGAGGGUGAAGAGGAUGAUGAAAACAGCGUUACCAGAUGCAUUUGUGAUUUCGAACACGACGAUGGCUACAUGAUAUGCUGUGACCGCUGUCUGGUUUGGCAACACGUCGACUGUAUGGGCAUAGACCGCUCAAACAUUCCUGAUGAAUAUCUCUGUGAAAUUUGUCGACCACGUCGCGUGGACAGACAGAGGGCAAGGGCGUUGCAAUUACGUAAACGCGAGGAGUUGCUCAAUUCGGAUACUUCAUCCGACACGUCGUCUACAAGUUCAGCAGAUACUGACGUAGGUGUGAAUGUCAAUCAGAAGAAAAGAACACCACAACAACAAGUACCCAGACGAAAAUCUGAUCCUCCGCCACAAGUCAGGCGACUAAGUAACAACAACAACAACAAUAAUGUCGCUAAGAGACAAAGAAGAGAAUCCCAUCCUAGACAGUCAAGUGCAGUUCGUAAAAAGGAAACUGUGAAGCGAGGUCCCGGCAAGCGAAAAACCAAACGAAGGAUGAGCCUCGAAGAUAGGGAGGAGGAUACUCAGGAUGCUUGGGGCACCAAUAUGGCUCCUCUUAGACAGUGGAUAGAAAGAUACGAAGAGGCUGUAACUAACCAUUACAGUCCUGAAUUAAGAGCCAGAAUAUCGAGUAUAAAGGUCAAUGGAGCUCACGGUGACCUCAGACAGAGUAAUAUGAAUGCCGUGGCUGCUGGGAAAUGUAGGCUCAACGUUCACAGUAAUAACCUUCGAUUCUUAGUCGCGACAAUGUACCUUCCACCAAAUACACCGGUUGUUGAAUUACGAGGAAAGUACAUGCUGAGUACACAGCAUAGACCAUCACAUCCUCAAGGUAGGCAGCACGCUCAAAGACCUGGACCCUUCGUCUUCUUCUACCGGUUGCCCCGAGACGGCACUGAAGUUUGCGUGGACACUCGGACCUAUGGAAAUGACGCCAGGUUCGUGCGUCGUAGUUGUAAACCCAACGCAGAGGUGAAGCAUUGCAUAGAGAAGGGCACCCUUCAUCUGUACAUCGUGACGACCACUGCAAUCGAAAAGAAUGCCGAGAUUACGAUUCGCCAUGAACAACAUGAUUUGAUGCUAUCGCCGAAUCCAAAUUCGCCUUUACUUCCCGUGGUGUGCGCUUGCAACAAUCCCAGAGACUGUCAGAUAGCUUCUAUGGGACAACUCAAUAGAAGAGGAAGUAACGGAGCCCUUGCAGAAAAUGCCGAUGGCCGGGAGCGAAGGCGGCGAGGUAGACGAAAUACAAUAUGCGAGGAUAGCGACUCUUUAUCGGCCAUUUCCAGCACAAGUAUUACGCAACCAACACCAGCCCCGACACCGACGCCCGCAGCAGUACCACCUAAAAAGACUAUACCGAAUGCCAGUGGUAGUGCAACUGUAACUCGACAAGCAACCAAAGAGGAGCCGCCAACAGUGCAACGACCGCAGACCUCUCCAGUGUUGACACAACCUCCACCCCAGGAAACGAAAAAGGAUAAGAAAAAGAUGACUCGAGAAGAGCGGAAAAUGGAGGCUAUUAUGAAAGCCUUUGAGAGGUUGGAAAAAGCUGAACAAAGGAAGCAAGAGGUCCAAGCUAGAAAUGCACAGAGGAAGGAGUCUGGUGGUACGCAUAGCGAUAACGAAGACAGUCAUGGCGCAAUCCCACAGUCCAAAACGAAGCAACAGAAUUCUGAAAGAACAGUAAGGCGUAAACGGAGAAAGGGUCGUGCGAGAACAACCAGUAGCUCCCAAUCACAGAGUAAUCGUAGGACGAGAUUAAAUUCCGCCGAUUCUGAUAUAUCCUCUGGAGAGGAAAGUAAUUCUAUGCAGUCUCCACCCCUGCCAAAUCAGAAUUGUCCACCGAAUCGUGGGAUACCAUACGCUUCUCAUCUACAUACGCCAACAAAGGAUGGAAACGAGUCGAUCAAUCCUGGUCCAGCUGGACAUCAAGGAAUUCCCACUGCAGCUGGUCUAUUAUUAGCUUUGGCCAACUCGAAUGUUCCUGGACCAAGUUCACCACCUCUUCAACAGCCGACACCGGUGAAAAGUCCAACAUGCGACAGUGGCGCCAGUAGUAGCUCACAAAGUUCUACUCCGUCUACACCAUUGUCCUCGGCUUGCUUACUCGUGGCCGCAGCAGUUGGACCUUUGGCACCAGGAUUCAAGUUCCCCAAGACGAAGAAGGUUCUUAUGAAUGAGUGGCUUAAAGAAUCUCCUGAUCCACCGCAGACUCAUAUGCCCCAGGUUUCCCCAUUGCCAGCCUUACCACCGGCACCUCUAACUACUCCAAUCAGUCAACUUACCAGACCUACAGAUUUUUUGUCGCCCACUGAUCCUUCUCCGGAAUUCUUGACGCAGAAUUACGCUGCCAAAAGUCUGGCUACUCUAGUCCAGGCGGCCAACUCUGUAUCUGGGAUAUGCGAUUCACCACCGCAACGUAGACAAACCGUGUCAGGGAAUUCUCUGAGCUCGGGCUCAACUGGGUCCGCUAAGAAAAGAUGGCUCAGACAAGCUAUUUCUGAGGAAUGUGACUCUCCUAACAGUCGACCUGAAAGUCCUCCCAGUGAAAUGGUAGCACCGCCGAAGAAGAGGAGAAUUGCCAGGGAAAGUCUUUCCUCGGACAAUUAUACUCCACCAACAACUCCGACUAUGCUCUUACCGGAUCCUACAUCUAUUUCAAAACCACUGUGUUCCAAUGAGGAUGAAUUUAUCGAGCAACAGUCUCCCAAUAUGGAACAACAUUCUGGUCAACAAGAUUACGAAUGUGAACCAACGAAAGAGGAAGUUCAUUCUGAAUCGGAACCAAUGGAUUUAGACGAUACAGAUGAAACUGAUAAGGUUACAUUAGAUAUUCCGCAAUCGACAUUAUGUGUUAAAAAUGAAAAAGCGGAUGUAUUAGUGAAGCAAGAGAUAAAGCCAGUGAAGGUUGAAGCAGGAGCAAUCAACGAAGAAUUAUCUCUUAAAGACUUACGGGAUCAGAUUAAAGUUGAAGCAUUAAAUAUAAAGAGAGAAACAGAUGUAUCACUCUUUGUAAACGAUACUAAAAAUUCAGUUAAAAGCGAAUCACAGUCGAUUAAAAAGGAAAUACAAGAAACAGACAUCGAGAUGACAAAACAAGUAAAAAGAGAAAUUUACUCUAAAAAAAAAUCGGUUCCAAUGGAAGAGGAAAAAGGUACUGUGGAAAUAGUCGAUCAGAAUGAAGCGGAUACGGAAAUGGAAGAUCUCAGUUCACCCAUUGCAGCAAUGGAGUCGGAUGCUGUUCUGAAAGAACGUGUCGCUGAACUGAGAUUGGAAUUUGGUGGCAACCUCAAUAAAAUUGUUAACAUCACCAAUGAAAAUGACAAAUCCGAUGAUGAAAAGAAGUCAGAUAUUAUAAAAUCUUGCGAACUUCUAAAGUCCGAUGACACUAUAUCAAUUGAUGAAUUUGAUGUCGAAGCACAAAUGAAGAAAAUUACAGGUGAUGACGGUAACGACUACAAAGAAAAGGUCGACACGAGUUCUGAAAAAGAUAAAAGCAUGGAUGGUAUCGAAGGGUUAAUGGAGAGUUCUAAAGAAGAUUCUGAGUCUGAGGAUCGCGAUAUUGAUGAUUUGAAGGAGUAUGAAGAAUCCUUUAAAGAUUUUGACAUGCGUCAUGAGGAGAGAGCGUUUAAAGAGUUCGAAACAAAACCAGAACAAAGAGGAUUCAUGAAGAUAGAUCUUAAAGAGACCAUUGUCUGUAAUAAAGAACCAGAACCUCCAAAAUCAGAUCCAACUUGUACGUCGCUUACUCUCUCUGAAGAAUCCAUGUUCGAAUCAACAUCCUCGAAUAUCGACAUAGAAUCGUCAGAGCCAGAGGCUCCAAAAUUGUUGCAGUCAAUUCCGCCGUUAAGUGAAAGAAUCCGUAAGAAACCUGAACAGGUACAACCAUCGAAAACAUUAGAUUUUGAGGCAUCCAUUAUAGAGUCCACCAUUGAAUUAGAGAGUGGAGAGCUUUCGAAAAAUGGAGAAGAAAAAUCCAUACUGUCUACAGCUCUGAGGGAAUUAUUGGAAGCUAAGAUUGAUGUGGAUCCGCCGGAACCGGUGAAACCUGAACUUAUAACUGAAGUCAACAUUUCCUCUCAUAUAGAACAAGUUAUUGAGAUAUCAUCGGGACAUGGUACGAAACUGGAGGAAGUGGUGUUGAAGAAUAACAAUCUAAUUGGGCAAAAUGAGAAACCUCCAGUGAAAGAGGAAGAUCCUAUGUCCAAGGAAGUCAAGAGACUCAAAGAUCCAAGAACUAUAAUACCAACCGACAUGCCAGCGCCACCCCCAUUAAGACCUGAAGUUCCAACCCCAGUCAAGCGCAAGGUUAGAACGUUAUCGAUAUCGGAAUACCGGAAACGCAAGCAACAAUCAUCAGGUGGUACUCCGCCAGAACCGGAGCCAUCGAAUGAUGCAUCUUCGUCCUCGGACAAAGGUACCGCAAGAGGAAGAUCAGACAGUGCAAGCAGUGGAACAUCUUCACUCAGUUCCGACGAGGAAGGCGUGAAAGCAUCUGUUGAUAUUCCAAGUCUGACAGCUUUGCCACUGUUCAUAAAUCCUGACGGUGAAGAGAAAAAAGGUGCUGAAGAAGGCGUAAUUGGUUGGUCCGCAGCACCCACUUUGGUCGAACGUCAACGAGAAAACUUGACCGAGAGGCUGAAACGAGAGUUUGGACUGUUCCUGAGCGACGACGAAGAAGAGAGAGCACGAAAACAAGGAUUGUCUGCGGAGGCAAUACUGAAGGCACGCAAAACGUCUCCACCCGCCCAUCCUUCUAUCACCACUGUCCCACCCAUAUAUCCUCUACCACAAUUACCACCACAACCAUAUAUCCCACCACCCGGUUCAGCCCCCAUCCAUUAUCCACAAUUCCAAUCGAAAUCUGUUCCUGUCCAAUAUCCGACCUUCCCGCUGACGCAGGCGAUACCUCAACCAAUAUAUCCAAGCGCCGUAACACCACAGCCCUCAACCACCAGCCAGAGUCAACAGUUUCUAGUACCACAAGCACCACCAGGAUCAAAUCCAUAUCCUCCUCAGUUUGUACCAUCGACGUCAGCUGGUGUACCUGCACCUAGAUUUCCACCAGUGACACCGCCAACCGGGCCACCAUUUUUUCCACCGCCGCUACCGCAACCCCAGAAGCCAUUCUUCAACCACACGACGCCCAGGUCGUAACUCGUGUUGAGGGUAGUAUCGUUAGAAAGUUUUUAAUUGAGACGAAUCUUUCUAUGACACCGAUUACUUGAGUGUUAACAUUGUUGACGUUGGUGUACCCGUUUGGAUAACUGACAAGGACCUAGUAUAUCUUCAGCUACUGAUUCGCCAGGUGCGACGGAUAAAAAUGACAAUUUCUGUCAAUGGAUAAUUACGGAAAUACUGGAGCAAAUUUCGUGAUAGAAUUUUAUGAAGUUCAUGCUAUACCUGUUUCUACAGUGUUUCACAGUGAAGGAUACAGUAACCACGAAUGUUCUAUUGAAUCCAGCGUAAAAUAGCAGUAUGUAUAUUGAAUGAAACUCUUUAAGGUAAGAUUGAAGAUUUGUUUGAAGAAUACGAGCGUAAACGAGAAUAAUAUGCAGUGACGAGAUGCACGAAAAAUGAAUCAAGCUCUCGUUCCUUGCUAUCGGCUAAAUAAAAAAAAAAAAGAGGUUGCAUACUUUUUGACAGUUCUGAUAACAUUGUCGGGUAUUUGUGUGGCCUAAAGCAUUAGUUAAGUAUUUUCAUGGAACUAACAGUGUGCAUUUUAGGUUUCGUAUUUCCACACGUUUAUUCGCACGUGUUGAGAUAAAUAAAAGAGCCGUUGAAAUUUUCUCUCGUACGACUAAACGAAAAGUGUGUCGUACAUUGUGCACUUUUUAUACCGCGGGAAUGGUGCCCUAAUAUGUUAAACUAUAGCAUUAGUUCGUUUCUAUUUUUUUUUCAUUUUUUUUUUUACUAUUAACAGAAAUUUGAAAUAGCCAAACUGUUGAGAGCACUUUCCAAUUUUCAGUUUGAUAUUCUAUACAUUUAAUAAUAUUAUAUAUAACGUGCAUACUUGAUAACUGCGUUGUCCAUCUUCUCUGUAAAUAUUAUUUGCAUAUAUGCAUAAUAUAAUAUAAUAAUAUGAAGUUAUAUAUUUAAUCGUAGUUAUUGUAGAUCGAUAUAUAGACAUAUAUCACGUAGGGAAGCAAGGCGCAGUGCUGUUGCGCUGUUAAAAAAAAAAUGACAGCGUCGCGCCCAGAAUUCUCUAUAUUUUAUAUUUGAUUGUAAAAUUGCCCGAUGAUUAGUUAUAAUAAACGGUACAUGUUGAAAUUUAAUUUUGAGUUUCAAUUGGAUAUUUUGAUAGUGUACGCUGUACGCUGCACAAUUGCUUACAUGGUACGAAUUUUCGGUAAUUUAUAACUCCAGUUACACUUGAACUUGGUCUUUGCUAUUGUUGUUCUAUGUAAUCGUCACAGGAGUUGAUUUAAUUGCGUGCCUGUAGGCGUACCAAAAUUUGUGUACAGCGAAUAAUUGAUUCUGUAGACUGAACAUUUUUUUUUGGAUUUCCAUAAGACUUGUCGCCUUAUACUUUUAAGCUUAAAUGAUUUUACGAUAAAAUUCUGCUACUUUUUACACGCGACCUUUAAACCGAGACUUUGUCUUUAUUAUAAAACUAUUUCGUAAUGACAUAAUUCAUUACGUGUAUAACUUAUUUUUACGAAAAAAAAAGGCGGAAGUAACGUGUGAGGUUGAAUUUUUUAUUUUUAAUAGUUAAAAAAUGAUUAUAGGAGCGAAAGAGAAAGAUAUAUUUCUGUUAUCGAAAAGUGCUAAAGAAAAUAAAUGCGAAGCAAAAAAAUUCUUAAACUAAGGGUUGCGUAGAACCCAAAACUUAACAUUCAUGCAAGUACAAAACUCAAUGAGCAGUAAGAAGAAAAAAAAGUGUAACUAUUAAAAACGUUAAAGGUAAACUACGAUAAACUAGCAUGGCCAGGAAGAUUGUAGAGAAUUUUAAAAAGGAAAGGAGUACAGCUAAAAAGGUUUUACCGGGUAGAAGCGUUGCGGAGUAAUGGCUCAAAUUCUUACAUUUUCGACCAUUUUACGAAGUCAGUGAGGUGUAAAAAAGAGAGAGACAGAAAAAUAAUAAUCGCGAGCAGUUUUCAUAAGACACACAAAAACGUCUCAUAUUUUCAAUUACUCUGACUUUCUGAAAUGCAUCAAAACCUAGAUUGCAUUUUCAUAUUUUUCCACUUUUGCACAUGCAUUGAAAGUUUGUUACGUUGAAAUGAAUCUGUUUCGUACGUUCGUUAUGGGCAAUUUAAUCCGAAAAUAUACGAUUAUAUUUUCACUAAUAUAACACGCUAGCUAGACAGGUUACCCAGUGCAUAAUAGCUUUAGACAAUUAUUAUGUGUUGAUAAUACAAAAUUUAAAACAAUUAUAAACGUAUGUAUAUGUGUAAAUAAUUUAAGUAGCUAUUUCGUUAAUUAUACAUAAGUAAUAAGUCUCUUACAGAUAGGGCCAAUUAAAAAGUUUCAUUCUUAAUAAUUGCAAACGCAAUGCAGUUUGCACUUCUGUCUGGCCUCGUCUGUCUCAGAGUCUUAUUUAAGUUCAAUGAUAGCAAGUACUAAAUCUAUCCGUUCAAAGGCCACAUAUUAAAUCCGUGAAAACGUAAAGACAUUGUGAUUCGUCGUACUAUAGCUGCUACCAUAUCUAGAAUAUUUACCGGAUACACUUUUUAAUGAAUAAGAUAUAAAUAUGUCAGCAAUGGCCAUAAUUAAAGCUCUGUAAUAUCUCAACAGUAACAUUCUCAGAUUCCACAGUUUAUUCACUGAUAAUUAAAACCAACAACCACAUAUAUAUAGACAGUAGUCAAUUCAACAAGAAAUAAAACUUCACAGACAAUUCGAUAUUUACUCUA